CGAACGCAGUCAGUCUGUGAUGAGCGGUGUGACGAGAUGCGUGAUCUACCGAAGCUACAAGUGUCUAACGAUGUCGAGACGGGUGUAUCGCUGAUGCUGGAAGAUCGGUUGGUGAGGUGUGGUAGAGAUAACGGUAGUCCAAUCAUCGUCACACCGGAUACGGCCGGAUCUAUCAGGUCGUCGUUUCGUUUCGAUUCACCGCGGGUCUCCGGUAGACGGCCAGGACCAUAUCUGAAUCGUGCUGGGUAUAGAAAACCUCGGAAGCGAGCGGUCUUUAAGAAUGGGUACUGCAAUGUGAGUGCCACGAAGUUACCCCAACAGCAGAUCCGGUUUCUGCAGGACAUCUUCACCACACUCGUCGAUGCACAGUGGCGUUGGACCCUUCUGGUGUUUGCCCUAGGCUUCGUAGGAAGCUGGCUGUUUUUCGCACUCCUUUACUUCUUGAUAGCUUACGCUCACGGAGAUUUUCUCGAAGGACAUGAUCCUGAUCACCAAUCAGAAGCCGGAUGGACACCCUGCAUCUCAAUGAUCUACUCGUUCACGUCAUGCUUCCUGUUUUCACUCGAAACGCAACACACGAUCGGUUACGGAUCGCGCGCGAUGGAGGAAGAGUGCCCGGAGGCCGUGUUCGUGAUGAGCCUCCAGUCCGUGCACGGUGUGAUGGUGCAAGCGUUCCUAGCCGGGAUCGUGUUUGCGAAGAUGACACGCUCGAAGCGCCGUGCCCAGACGCUACUGUUCUCGCGCAAUGCCGUCAUCUCGCACCGUGAUGGGGAGCUUUGUCUGAUGUUCCGGAUCGGCGAUAUGCGCAAGAGUCACAUCAUCGGGGCGAACAUUCGCGCUCAACUGAUCAAGGGAAAGGUGACGCUCGAAGGGGAAACGAUGCCACAGUAUCAGCAUGAGCUGGAACUGAGCACGGACGAUUGCUCGUCGGAUGUGUUCCUCAUCUGGCCGCAGAUUGUGGUGCACAAGAUUGAUGAGCGGUCCCCGCUGUAUGGUUACUCGGCCGAAGACAUUCUGCUCGAACGGUUCGAGGUGGUGGUCGUGCUGGAAGGAACAGUCGAAUCGACGGGCCAGACCACGCAAGCUCGCACAAGCUACGUCAACACGGAGAUCCUGUGGGGCUAUCGGUUUGAGCAGGUGCUAGUGUACAACGUGGAUAUACAGAGUUAUGAGAUUGAUUUUUCAAAGUUUAACGAAACCAUCCCGCAAGUUACACCGCGUGGUUCAGCCAAGCAGCAAAAGGAAUGUUUCAAACCCUUGGCCCUUUCACCGUCGUUGCCUCAGAAAGGACGCUCCUGUGAUCCUCUGAUUGGGGCCAACCACAGGAUAUCGCAGAUUGAAAUGGAAAACGAACGCAUCAACCCGCAGUUUCUCUAUCCUCUCUUCGAUCGCAGAAGAUCGCGUUCAUCGACAGAGCUGUAGAUAGUUACCGUACCGUUGCAUACUUUCAGGAGUUUACGCAGGCGCAAAAUCGAUCGACGAUCUCGAGCAAUUUGUCGAUCGCUGAUCGCGAAGGUGUGAGGUUAGUAGGCUUGCAGCGGUACAUAAUAUGAAGCUGAAAAUGAGUUGAAAAUGGUUGCGAACGAUGCGCAACAUCCGGCCUGAACACUGGCCGUAAACACGUUCUGGUUGUGCAAAGAGCGAACGACGGGGGAAGGGGGCGCAGAUGUCUGCCCUACCGCGGGGCUAUAUGAUUAAAAAGCAUUUAUACAAUCGUACGGAGCAUGAAUAAACAGAUCAGUUCGAACCAUCGAAGAGCGAGCUAAGUGAAAACAGACGACCACAAUGGCACACUUGUUCUUGGGAACCACCGUUCCCACUGGGCGGUCACGUUCUGUGCAAUUAAAUGAUUUCGUGGCCCCUUUACGAAUUACGAUUGAGUGACCGCGGGGUGGCAGGAUGCACAAAUCAAAGGUGGUUCCCGAUGUUCCCGUAAACAUAAACGUCAUCGUCUGGAUCGCUGAAAAACGGUUCCGCGGUUGCCACAAAACGUGACGGAGUCACGGGAAUACCGAGCCGUGUGCGCGCGCCCGCUUUGACAUUGUAAAGGUGCGCGGACUGUGGUUGCGUCCCAAUACCCGAUAUCGAUGGCCGCAUAAUGACCGCUUUGGCAAACCAAAACCUCAACCAGACCCAAUCCGCCAGACCCGAAGCCAGAUCGAGGCAAUUCAUCAUCAAUCUGUAAUCAUCUGCACACAUCAAUUAUAGAUAAAUGCAUAAAAUGCAAAACGAAACGGGAACGGCAGCACCAGCGCAGCCGCCGCCGUCAACGAUCGAUCGAUCGAUCGACACACAAUUGCAGAUAGAGCAGAUCGAUCGACCCGAAACGUGCACGUGCAGAUCGAACUCGACUCGAAGUGUACCGGCAGGGACGAGGGCGAAGUCGUGCCACACGAGGUCGGGCGUUGCGUUUAAAGAACCAAUUGAGAAAUUGAGUGAUAAUGCGUGUAGUUCGGACGCCUGCCCUAGGGACUUUCGGAAGCAAUUUCGCGCUCGCGAUCGCUCGAGCAGACGACGACGACGACGACGACGGACGCCGAAGGCCGAGAGCAAGGUUUCCGUUACGGUUUUUCCCCAAUUCAACUGCUCUUCAUUGUUUGUUUGUUUCGAGUUCAUUUCUUGAAUCAUUCCAGGCGGUAAUAAAUAAUGAAAUACAUUUACAAAAUAAUCUCGUUUGCGUUCUAAAAUCUCACUCUCGGUCGCAUGCGCGUUUGUUUCGUGUCGUUACCUCUCUAAAGCUUAGCAUAAGUUUUACAAAAAAAUUGUCUAUCAAGCACAGGAUAGCCGUAGGAAGCACUAGAACGAUCGCCGCGUUGUUCUCUCUCUCUCUCUCUCUCUCUCUCUCU